AGCAGUUUUGUUGGUUCCGUCGGCCAUUUUCUCGUGUUAUGUGUAGGAGAGUGCGAGGUUGGAGGAGAGAAGGGAGCUAUUAGCGCGGUGUUGUGCCGAGAGGAAGGUGCGGGGGAUGAUGGCUUCCGGGGAGAGCACAGCUGAGCAGGCUGCAGAAUACGUUCCGGAAAAGGUUAAGAAGGCAGAGAAGAAGUUGGAAGAUAACCCAUAUGACCUCGACGCUUGGAGCAUUCUCAUUCGAGAGGCACAGAAUCAGCCUAUAGACAAAGCCCGGAAGACUUAUGAGCGCCUAGUGGCCCAGUUCCCAAGUUCUGGCAGAUUCUGGAAACUUUACAUUGAAGCUGAGGUUAAAGCUAAAAAUUAUGACAAGGUUGAAAAGUUAUUUCAAAGAUGCCUCAUGAAGGUCUUACACAUAGAUCUAUGGAAAUGUUAUGUGUCCUAUGUUCGGGAGACCAAAGGGAAGCUUCCAAGUUACAAUGCUGGCUUCAGACUACAGGAUGAUGAAGCUAGAAAAUGCUUUAUGGAGAAAAUGGCACAAGCAUAUGACUUUGCGCUAGAUAAAAUUGGCAUGGAAAUAAUGUCAUAUCAGAUCUGGGUUGAUUACAUCAAUUUUUUGAAAGGAGUGGAAGCUGUGGGAUCUUAUGCAGAAAACCAAAGAAUCACAGCUGUACGCAGGGUCUACCAGCGAGGUUGUGUCAAUCCAAUGAUUAACAUCGAACAACUCUGGAGAGAUUAUAACAAGUAUGAAGAGGGUAUUAAUGUCCAUCUUGCAAAGAAAAUGAUAGAAGAUCGGAGUAGAGAUUAUAUGAAUGCCAGGAGAGUGGCUAAGGAAUACGAGACAGUAAUGAAAGGCUUGGAUCGCAAUGCUCCCUCCGUGCCCCCACAGAACACCCCUCAGGAAGCUCAACAGGUAGAGAUGUGGAAAAAAUACAUACAGUGGGAAAAAAGUAACCCUCUUCGGACAGAAGACCAGACCCUCAUAACAAAAAGAGUCAUGUUUGCCUAUGAGCAGUGCCUGCUGGUGUUGGGGCAUCAUCCAGACAUUUGGUAUGAAGCUGCACAAUAUCUGGAACAGUCCAGUAAGCUGCUGGCCGAGAAAGGGGAUAUGAACAAUGCUAAGCUGUUCAGCGAUGAAGCCGCCAGUAUAUAUGAACGUGCAAUUAGCACCCUGCUUAAGAAGAAUAUGCUGCUGUAUUUUGCCUAUGCCGACUAUGAAGAGAGUCGAAUGAAAUAUGAUAAGACUCACAGUAUAUAUAAAAGACUUCUUGAAAUAGAGGACAUUGAUCCCACCUUGGUUUAUAUUCAAUACAUGAAGUUCGCAAGGCGGGCCGAGGGCAUCAAAGCUGGGCGGUUGAUCUUCAAAAAAGCAAGAGAAGAUAUUCGGACCCGCCAUCAUGUAUACGUCACAGCAGCCUUAAUGGAGUAUUACUGUAGUAAGGACACAUCUGUGGCCUUCAAGAUCUUUGAGUUAGGAUUGAAGAAAUAUGGAGACAUACCAGAAUAUGUUCUAGCAUAUAUUGAUUACUUAUCUCACCUCAAUGAGGACAACAACACAAGGGUAUUAUUUGAACGUGUUUUAACAUCAGGGAGUCUGCCACCUGAGAAAUCUGGUGAGAUCUGGGCUCGAUUCUUGGCAUUUGAGAGUAACAUUGGAGAUCUAGCGAGUAUUCUGAAAGUAGAGAAGAGGAGAUAUACUGCAUUCAAAGAGGAGUACGAGGGGAAGGAGACGGCUCUACUGGUAGACAGGUACAAGUUCAUGGAUCUGUACCCGUGUUCUGCAAGCGAACUCAAAGCCUUAGGAUAUAAGGAUGUCUCCCGUGCCAAAUUAGCAUCUAUGAUCCCAGAAACAGUGGUGACUCCUUCCAUAGCCCCAUCUUCAAAGGAUGAGAUUGACAGAAAACCUGAAUACCCAAAACCAGACACCAGCCAGAUGAUUCCUUUUCAACCAAGACACAUGGCUCCUCCUGGACUUCACCCAGUGCCUGGAGGAGUGUUCCCAGUGCCUCCUGCUGCUGUGCUAUUAAUGAAGCUGCUUCCUCCACCCCUGUGUUACCAGGGUCCCUUUGUACAGGUGGAUGAAGUUAUGGACAUCUUUCGCAGGUCUAAGCUUCCAGAGACUGUUGAAGAAGCCAUUCGAGUCAUUACUGGGGGCCAGGCGGAACUGCUGCAGGAGACCAACGGACCAGUUGAAGUGAACGCCCUGAUCAGUAAAUCACUCAAAAGACCCAACGAAGAUUCUGACGAUGAUGAAGAAAAGGGUGCUGUAGUGCCUCCGGUUCAUGACAUCUACAGAGCCCGGCAGCAGAAGAGGAUUCGGUGAAGCCUGGUAAAAUUCAGAAAGAUGCCUGAAAGAGACAGACUUGUAAACCAAUGGUUUUCUCUGCCUCAGACCUUCUGCUUUAAACAUUUCAUUAACAGCACCCUGGAAAUGAGUGGACAUCGGUGCCUGUGGAGAGUAAAAAGUAAUUCCUGCAGGAAGGACAAAGUCUUCAGUUGUAAAUCCUUCAUGCUUGUUUUGAGAGAAGACUCAAUGAGGCUCAGCAUUUUAUUUUCAAAAACUGGAUGGCUUAAACAGCAAAUUUUUUUUUUUGUUUGUUUUUUUUAAACUCGAAACAUCAGCGUGAUUUCCCAAAUGGCCUCAACUUGUUUUAUUUGUAGCAGGGUACCAACAGUUUUUUUUUUACAUUUGCAGCUCGGACUGUAUUACAUUCCCGCGCACUAGAGGGCGCCACAGCCUUUUGCCUUGGUUGGGUUUUAAUCGAAUGAAACGGCUGCUAUUUUAAAACCACACUGUAAGAUAGAAAGAUGAGAUAUCACUAUAAUAAAACACUUUGUUCUGUA